AAACUUCAACGAACAAAGUGACAUUUCAAACAAAUGGAUUUGUUAGACAGCCAAUCUUUUAGACAGGGCACGCCUUGUGGCUUUCUGUGAACCUCAUAAUACCUACCAGAUCUGAUUCUCUUCUUUCUUUGCAAUUCCAUCUUUCACACAGACUGAAUUAGAAAAAGAACAUUUAUACUUGAGCCAUGUUUCCCACAAAUGUAUUCGCCAUUAUUUGCUUAUUUGCAAUGCUACAUUUAUCAAAUGGAGCUUUACAAAACUAUCAAGCCCAAAGCAAGGUUGACAAAGUGGGGACUUGGAUAAAAGAAAACCAAAAUGAAAUUGUACGUUGCCACAAUGACGUGAGGCGCAAAGUAGAUCCGCCAGCCAGUGACAUGAGCAAACUGACUUGGAAUGCCAACGCUGCCAAAAAUGCGCAACAUGUUGCAGACCUGUGCAUUCAAAAGCACAGCCAUCCAUCCAAACGGAUAAUAACAGAGCCAUUUGUCACUACUUGUGGGGAAAACCUCUAUUUUUCAUCGGCUAAGGAUCCAUGGAAACACGCAGUUGAUGAUUGGUUCAGUGAAAACAAUGAAUUUGUUUAUGGGUAUGGAGCUAAAACACGAGGUGAUGUAAUCGGACACUAUACUCAGGUUGUUUGGUCAGAUAGCUCGUUGGUGGGAUGUGGUUAUCAAUAUUGUCCUAACCUGCCAUAUAAAAACAUAUAUGUCUGCCAUUACUGCCCAGCGGGAAAUUCGGAUAAUGAAUUAAAAAAACCCUAUGAAAAAGGAAAUCCAUGUUCCAAAUGCAAAGGGAAAUGUGAAAACAAAUUAUGUGUUUAAAUAAUCAGCAGCACAAUUGGCAAAAUGGGCCUAACAUUGAGAAGAGGAAUCAGAUCAGAUGUAUACAAUCAAAAGUAUUCUAGAACAAGUGAUUUUCUUUCAAUAGUUUGUUUUAAUUCUAUAAACCUUAUGUUUAGCAUUUCUGCAAUAGCAAAUAUAAUGCACAAUUCAUAUUUGAUUCAUGUUCAGGUCCUAGGAGUACCAAAUUUGAUAGCUUAAAGUAUACUAUGGUCUUUCCUACACUUCAAAUCCCAUGUGUACAUGGACUCAGACAUUGUUCUUUAUAUUCAUUUAUAAGGUUUAAAUGUAGACAACCUUUUUCACUCUGUAUCAUCCUAAACCAAAUUCUCCCACUGUUUUAAACUUCUAAAAGUUAGCACAACAUGUUUACUGCUGGUAAAUGCAUUAGCCAAAUAAAAAACCUUUGAACACC